GAUAAUGCUGUGUCUUCAUUGUUAACAGUGGUUACUAGUGCAGCAAGCUUGUCUUCAUUCUCAUUCGGUACUUGCUGUGUUAAGUUCUUUAUAUUCUCCUCUUCCCUGUGUGAGUCACCAACAAGUUCUUGCAAGCAUGUAAGCUCUCUUGCCAGAGAUUUCCUUGUUUCCCUGAAACUUGGAUGCAAGCCCAGGUGAGUAGGUACUUAUUGUUAUCUAAUCUAAAAAAAAAAGGAAAAGUAUAGAAAACUGUACUGGGCCGAAGCCCUCUCCCUGAACUCUGAAGAAGCCCUCACCGAACCCUAGUCAAUCUCUCACUCACUUCUCUCACGGUGUCGCACUCAAGCUCUCUCGUCUCCGGUCUCGCACUCAGUAGACGCCUUCCCUGCGCUCGUCUUCGCCGCCGAAAGAAGCAGACGGAACCAGCAUCUGGUCCCUCGUCUUCGGCUGUCAGUUGGUCAGCUUCCUUCACCGUCAGUUGGUCCCUGGGCAGAUAUAUAAUUGUACAAGUUCCCUCAAAUGCUGAAACCUCCGAUAAACCUCUCAGCGAAGAAGCUCAUCGGAGCUUCAAUUCUUUUCCAUCGAUGGAUGACGACCAGCAAGAGGGUUCAAGACAGGAGUAAGCAGAAGAGGGUUAACGAUCUUGAGGUUGUAACCGAGAAGUGGAAGAUACUCUCCAAAAUCCUCUUCUUAAUCGAGCUUCUGAAGCAACAGCCUGAGAUGAUUAUCCCUGUUAGAUCCCUUGAAAACUACCGUAAGCAGAUCAAUCUCCCAAAGCCACAUAGAAUCUCCGAUUUCAUUCGAAAGACGCCAAAGCUCUUUGAACUCUACAAGGAUCACAAGGGGGUGCUGUGGUGUGGCUUGACGGAGAGAGCUGAGGAAUUGUUGGAGGAAGAACAGAGGGUUCUUGAGCAGCAUUCCGAUAAGGCUGCGGAACAUGUUACGAGGUUGCUGAUGAUGUCAGUGGAUAAGCGUCUCCCGUUAGAGAAGAUUGCUCAUUUCAGAAGAGAUUUUGGGUUGCCUAUGGAUUUUAGGGCUAAUUGGGUGCACCAAUAUCCGCAGCAUUUUAGGGUUGUGAAAUUCUUCGAUGGCAUUCAUCAAGUUGAGUGCUUGGAGCUUGUGAAUUGGAAUCCUAAUUGGUCAAUAACGGAAUUAGAGAAGGUUACAGGUGUAACUGAAUCCACUACUACCAAUUUGCAUAUCCCUGGUAUGCUGUCACUUCCAUUCCCUUUGAAAUUUCCUUCAAAUUAUAAAAGGGUGUAUCGUUAUAGUGAAAAGAUUCAAGAUUUUCAAAAGAGGGCUUAUUUGUCUCCUUAUGCUGAUGCAAGAGGUCUCAAGGCUGGUUCUCUUGAAUUUGAUAAGAGGGCUGUUGCUGUUAUGCAUGAGAUUCUUAGUUUCACCAUUGAAAAGAGAUUGGUCACUGAUCACCUCACUCACUUUCGUUGGGAGAUGGUGAUGCCUCAGAAGCUCAUGAGGAUUCUUCUGAAGCACAUUGGCAUCUUCUAUGUCUCGGAGCGGGGGAAGAGGUUUAGUGUGUUCUUGAAUGAAGCAUAUGAAGGUGCGGAGCUGAUUGAGAAAUGCCCCUUGGUCCUAUGGAGGGAAAAAGUCUUAAAGCUUGUUGGUUAUAGAGGGAGGAAGAAGAAGUUUGAGACACUCAGUGACAUGUCAGAUGUAGAAAGCGAUAUUGGCUUGAUGCAGAGUGAUUCUGAAGUAGAGGACUUGGACGUGCAGCUUGAGCAGCAUGGUUCCUUGGAUUAUGAGGAUCCUUUACUUGUGGACAAUUCUGAGAUGAAUGUUGAAGAGAUUGCUUGUGAAUAUCGAAAUUUUAAGAAUUCUUGAGAUUGAGAGAAUGUGCAGAUAUAAACAUCACGCACUGAUUUUUUUAAGUACUGCUUUUUCAUUUUGAUUGGCUGAUGCUUAAAUGAAGCCCAUCUGAAGAAGGUGCAAGUGAUAGAGAAUAUAGCUGGACAAAUUAAACCUUGUUUCAGAACCCGCUGGGAACAAUUUAUAAUCAUGGCUAGUGAAUGCUGUAGCAUGGGUUAGACAAACACGUUGUGGUCCUACCUGAAAGGCCAAAAGUAAAGUGGUUCAUGGUUGAUUGGAGUGCUUCAAUCAAUGAACAAAUGAUACUUUUUCUGCAAAAGGAGAUUGAACCUGUUUAAGCUGGAGUAUUGAUUAUCACAAUGCAUCGAUCCUGUCUUUAUCAACGAUCCCUAAUCCUUAGGCUUAUCUGUUUAAAGCUCUCAACAUUUUGACCUUGGGUAAAAUUUAUCCAGGUAUGCAACAUCCAAUCAUAUAUUGAAGCAAUUUAGAUAAGCGAUUUGAGGGUUAGAGGGUAUCAUUCAGUCAAUCACAUUUGAGGAGACAAGUUUUUUGAUUACUCGAUGGUAUUUUCAUUUUAAUUUUGGUUCUUCAACUGCUGCCAAAGCUGUUACAAUGCCAAAACUGCAAUUCAGUGGCAGAGCUUGUAAUUUAAACAAAAAGAUGUAACAUUUCUAAUGCAUUCAAGUUUAUUA